UCCCGGGCUUUUCUUCCUCUGCGACUGGGCUACUCCUUCUCCAGCGCCCUAGUUCUCUGCCUCAGGGACCCAGGUGACUCUCGCUCCCUGUGAACCCCGCAAUUUCGGGUGAUGGGAUGUUCCUCAAAGGAUCCCCGGUCACCACGGAAGCCAACAAUGAUCUCAGUGACUUUUAAGGAUGUGGCUGUGAACUUCACCCAGGAGGAGUGGACUUUUCUGGAUUCUUCCCAGAAGAACCUUUACAAAGAUGUGAUGCUGGAGGUCCUCAGAAACCUGGCUUCUAUAGAAAACAAGAGGGAAGACAAGACCACUGAAAAUCAGAUCGAAAACUUUGGAACCAAUGUAAGGCAAAUCACAUCUCACUCUGGACACAAUUACUACAAACAUGAGGAAUGUGCAGUGAAGCCCUGUGAAUUUAAACAAUAUAAGAAAUCUCUGGUUUCUCUCAAAAGUGUUCACACACAAAUGUUAAUACAAACGGUAGAUGGAUCUUAUGAAAGUAAAGUAUGUGGAAAAGUCAUCAGUUUUUACAAUGACAUUGAAAGACAUGAAGAAACUCAUACUGGGGGGCAAAACGAUGAAUGUCAACAGUGUGGUGAAGCCUCUUCUUAUCCCUCUGGUGUUCAAAGACACAUGAUAACACAUAGUGGAAGUAAACUUUUUCAAUGGGACAUAUGUGGGAAAGCAUUUCAUUUCUCCUCUUUAUUUAGAAGACAUGAAAGAACUCAUUUUGGAGAGAAAGUCUAUGAAUGUAAACAAGGUGUUUGGACCUGUAUUUCACACACAAGUCUUCAAAGGCACAGGAUCACACACACAGGGAAUGCACAUUUCAAAUGUAAGAUAUGUGGGAAAGACUUUGAUUAUCCCAGUUUACUUAGAAUACAUAAGAGAAUGCAUACUGGGGAGAAGCCCUAUGCAUGUAAGCAGUGUGGCAAAGCGUUUUCUAGAUCCAGUUACCUUUACUCACAUGAAAAAACUCAUACUGCAGAGAAGUCCUAUGAAUGUAAACAGUGUGGCAAUGCCUUUGCUGCAUCCCAUCAGCUUCAUAAACAUGGAAGAAUACGUACCAGAGAAAAGCCCUAUGAAUGUCAACAAUGUGGAAAAGCCUUUACUACUGCCUCCUACCUUCAGAUACAUGAACAAACUCAUACUGGAGAGAAUCCCUAUGCAUGUAAGCAGUGUGGCAAAGCCUUUUCUACAUCCAGUUCCCUUCAGAUUCAUGGAAGAAUGCAUACUGGAGAGAAGCCCUAUGAAUGUAAGCAGUGUGUCAAAGCCUUUGCUACACUCAGUUACCUUCAGUCACAUAAAAAAAAAACUCAUACUGGGGAGAAGCCCUAUAAAUGUAAGCAGUGGGGGAAAGCCUUCACUCAAUCCUCUAACCUUCAUUCACAUGAAAAAACUCAUACUGGAGAGAAGCCCUAUGAUUGUAAGCGGUGUGGCAAAGCCUUUGCUAGGUCCAGUGACCUUCACAAACAUGGAAUAAUACAUACUGGAGAGAAGCCCUAUGCAUGUAAGCAGUGUGGCAAAGCCUUUUCUACAUCCAGUUACCUUCAUAUUCAUGGAAGAAUGCACACUGGAGAGAAGCCCUAUGAGUGUAAGCACUGUGGAAAAGCCUUCACUCAUUUCUCUGGCCUUCACUCACAUAAAAGAAUUCAUACUGCAGAGAAGCCUUAUGCAUGUAAGCAGUGUGGCAAAGCCUUCACUCGUUCCUCUGGCCUUUAUUUACAUAAAACAAUUCAUACUGGAGAGAAGCAUUAUGCAUGUAAGCAGUGUGGCAAAGCCUUUACUACAUCCAGUAGCCUUCACAGACAUAGAAGAACACAUACUGGGGAGAAGCCCUAUGAAUGUAAGCAGUGUGGCAAAGCCUUUGCUAGAUCCAGUAUCCUUCACUCACAUGAAAAAACUCAUACUGGAGAAAAGCCCUAAGAGUGUGAGCAGUGUGGCAAAGCCUUUUCUACAUCCAAUUACCUUCAGGUUCAUGGAAGAAUGCAUACUGGAGAGAAGCCCUAUGAGUGAAAUCAGUGUGGAAAUGGCUUCACUCAGUCCUCUGUCCUUCAGUCACAUGAAAAAAUUCAUAAUGGAGAAAAACCCUAUGAAUGUAAGCAGUGUGGCAAGGCCUUUGCUACAUCCAGUUACCUUCAGAUUCAUGGAAGAACACACACUGGAGGGAAGCCCUAUGAAUAUAAGCAGUGUCAAAAAGCUUUUGGAAGUUCCAAUAACCUUCACAGACAUGGAAGAACACAUACUGGAGAGAAGCCCUAUGAAUGUAAGCAAUAUGGAAAAGCCUUUGUUACAUCUGCUCAGCUUUGCUUACAUUAAGGAACACUUUGUGCAGAGAAAUCAGUUUCAAUUAUUAACGUGUAGUAAGUUUUCUGUAGAAAAAUUCUUUGAAUGUGAAAUGUGGUAAAUCAAUGUUUCUUGUCAAAUUCAAAGAGAAUAAAGUGCUCACAUGUCUGAAUCAA